AUGCCCAAGGACUCUGCCGCUUUGGGCUCCCUGGAUUGUUGGCAUGGAGUGGAGGAUGAGGCACUUUCUGAGGAGGGUACUUUUGUAAGAGUGUCUCAGGUCAAGACUCCCAAGGCAGGCCCAUCCACUCAGAAGAUGUGUGGCCCCGUCUUGAAAGCUGUUUUGCUCCUGCCUCAGCACCAGGGAACGUGCCCUGGGCUGAAGCUACGUGUGUGGGGCAUCUGA